AUGGAAACUGAAAAUAAUUCACAGUAUCGAUAUUUAACGCAUUGUUUUAAAGCGCACUCAUUCAUUUCAAGGAAAGAAUUUUCCUUCAGUAUGAAAGCUUAUGCAGGACACAAACUGAGAUGGGACCUUACGCCCGAAAGUAUAGUAAAAGGAGCCAUAAGUCUUAUCGAGAAAUCGAAAUUGGUCUACGACGGUGUUGGUUCCUUGAAUAAAGACAACAUAACAUAUGACAGUGUUGUAAAGGCUUUAGCAGACAAUGAUUGUGAGUAUGCUGUGCUGAGGAACAAUUUGGACUUCAUGCAACAGGUAUCUUCCAAUAAGGAGCUCCGUGAUGCAAGUGUAGCUGCUGACAAAAAACUCUCAGACUUUGAUAUUGAGAUGAGUAUGAGAAAAGAUGUCUUUGAUUCUGUUGUUGACUUCCAAGAAAAGCACUCAGAUGGAUUGAAACCAGAGGCUGCGAGAUUUGUAGAGAGGAUGAUUAAGUAUGGCAAGAGGAAUGGACUUCACUUACCUAAAGAAACUCAGGAUGAAAUUAAAAGCAUCAAAAAGAGAAUGAGUGAACUUUCUAUAGACUUCAGCAAAAAUUAUAAUGAGGAAAACACUGUUUUGGAAUUUGCUGAAGAAGAUUUAGCUGGUCUAACAGAAGACUUUAUAAAGAGUUUAGAUAAGACUGAUGAUGGAAAACUUAAAGUGACAUUAAAAUACCCUCAUUACUUUCCCUGUAUGAAAAAAGCAAGGAACCCAGCUACCAGAAAAAGGAUGGAAACAGCUUUUAAUUCCAGAUGCAAAAAUGAAAAUGGACCAAUAGUGGAAGAACUUGUUCGUCUAAGACAUAAGAAAGCCCAGUUGUUGGGCUAUCCCACCCAUGCAGACUUUGUACUUGACAUGAGGAUGGCUAAGAAGCCUGAAAGUGUUGCAUCUUUCCUCAAGGAUCUAACCUCCCAGUUACAGCAGCUUAAGGCAGAAGAAAUGAAACUUUUCUUGGAAUUCAAGAAGGAGGAAGUAAUGUAUGGGUUCCAGUUUGACAAUACCAUUCGUUACUGGGACUUGAAGUACUACAUGACAAUGUCAGAGGAGAAGAAAUAUGCCGUGGAUCAAAACAAACUCAAGGAAUAUUUCCCUAUGCAAGUUGUUACCAGUGGAUUACUGGACAUUUACCAGGUGCUCCUCAGUCUGAAGUUUGAGAAGUUGGAUGGUGCUCCAGCAUGGCAUGAAGAUGUUACCAUGUACAGUGUUACCUGUAAUGAAUCCAGAGAACUGUUGGGAUACUUUUACCUUGAUCUUUACCCAAGAGAGGGGAACUAUGGCCAUGCAGCGUGUUUUGAACUUCAGCCUGGAUGUGUACAGUCAGAUGGGGAGAGACAAGUGUCCGUAGCUGCAAUGGUGGCCAACUUCACCAAACCGACAGCAGACAAACCCUCUCUACUAACUCAUGACGAGGUACAGACUUACUUUCAUGAGUUUGGUCACGUCAUGCAUCAGAUCUGUGCCAAGGCAGACUUUGCAAUGUUCAGUGGUACCCACGUGGAACGUGACUUUGUUGAAGCUCCAUCUCAGAUGUUGGAGAACUGGUGUUGGGAGAAGGAGCCAUUGUCCCGGAUGUCCUCUCACUACAAAGAUAACAGUGCUCUUCCAGAGGAACUGCUCGGCAAACUCCUCCAAAGUCGCAUUGCUAACACAGGUGUUUUCAACCUUCGCCGAAUCUUGUUCGGCACCUUUGACCAGACUAUUCAUACACAGGCAGAGGCUGAUACAGCUACAUUUUUUGCCAGUCUUUCCAAGGAAAUUCUAGGUAUUGAGUCAAUAGCUGGAACUAAUAUUGCUGCCUCAUUUGGUCAUCUGGCAUGGGGAUACGAUGCUCAGUACUAUGGAUACUUGUGGAGCGAGGUUUUCUGCAUGGAUAUGUUCUACUCACGGUUCAGGAAGGAGGGUAUCAUGAGCCCCAAGGUUGGAGGUGACUACAAGAAAUAUAUUCUACGCCCUGGUGGCUCCAUUGAUGCUGCUGACAUGCUGCGGAACUUCCUUGGACGUGACCCCACACAGGAGGCCUUUCUUAUCAGUAAGGGUCUUCAGUCCACUUCAAAUCUCUAA